UCAUGUCAGGAUGGGAGGAUGAUGAAGAUGAUGGCUCUCUGGGUUUCUCUCCGUGAGCUGCGGGCCGAAAGGUGAAAUCAGCGUCUUCUUCUUCAUCACUGAAGCUGGAGAGGAUGAGGAACGAGUGAAUGAAUGAACGCGCUGUCUGAACCUUCCAUAAGUCCAGAUGGAGCAGGAUGUCGAGAGCACCGUCACGGUCCGACAGCCCAAGCUGCCCAAGCUGCCCAAGCAGGCGCGGGACGACGUCCCCAAACCGCUGCAGGACAGGGAGCGCGCCAAGCAGAAGAUCCAGCGCUACGUCCGCAAAGACGGCAAGUGCAACGUGCAUCACGGAAACGUGCGGGAGACCUACCGCUACCUGACGGACAUCUUCACCACGCUGGUGGACCUCAAGUGGAGGUUCAACCUGUUCAUCUUCGUUCUGGUUUACACCGUGACGUGGCUGUUCUUCGGCUUCAUGUGGUGGCUGAUCGCUUACAUACGAGGAGAUCUGGAGCACAUAGGAGACAACCAGUGGACUCCUUGCGUCAACAACCUCAACAGCUUUGUGUCGGCGUUCUUGUUCUCGAUAGAGACCGAGACGACCAUCGGCUACGGCCACAGGGUGAUCACUGACAAGUGCCCCGAGGGCAUCUUGCUGCUGCUGGUGCAGUCGGUGCUGGGAUCCAUCGUCAAUGCCUUCAUGGUGGGCUGCAUGUUCGUGAAGAUCUCGCAGCCCAAGAAGCGCGCCGAGACUCUGGUGUUCUCCACCAAUGCCGUCAUCUCCAUGCGCGACAGCCGGCUUUGUCUGAUGUUUCGCGUCGGAGACCUGCGGAACUCACACAUCGUGGAGGCAUCCAUUAGAGCCAAACUGAUCAAGUCCAAACAGACCAAGGAGGGAGAGUUCAUCCCUCUCAAUCAGACGGACAUGAACGUGGGCUACGACACCGGAGACGACCGGCUCUUCCUGGUGUCUCCGCUCAUCAUCUGCCACGAGAUCAAUCAGCACAGCCCCUUCUGGGAGAUCUCCAAAGAGCACCUGGCCCAUGAGGAGCUGGAGAUCGUGGUGAUCCUGGAGGGCAUGGUGGAGGCCACAGGAAUGACGUGUCAGGCGCGCAGCUCGUACGUGGCCAGCGAGAUCAAGUGGGGCUACCGCUUCACGCCCGUCCUGACGCUGGAGGACGGUUUCUACGAGGUCGACUACAACAGCUUCCACGAUAUCUACGAGACCAACACUCCCAGCUGCAGCGCGCGAGAUCUGGCCGAGAUGACGGCGCGCACCCGUCUGCCGCUGACCUGGUCAGUGGCCAGCAAACUGAGCCAGCAGGGACUGCCGGAUCCGGCGGAGGAGAAGCGGAGCGCAGCGGCCGAGGAGCUGACGGAGAGGAACGGAGACGUCGCCAACAUAGAGAACGAGUCCAAAGUGUAGGAGGACACGCCAAUCUCUCCUCGCUCUGCGCCGCCGGACGUUUGGCUGAGGUCAGAGGUCAGAGGUCAGCUCAGGAAAGCGCCCCAAGGCGGGACACGGACCCCAUCUCACGUGCUUUUUCUCUUUUUCUCGCCCCGAAGGACGCGUGCGUGGGUGACUGCAUGGUUCCCGAAACCAGUUUUUUUCUUAAAGAUAAGAAAUGAUAUUUUCAGAUUUGUAAUUCAAAGAUUAAAACCUAUAUAUGUAUGUGAAUAUAUAUAUAUAUAUAGAUCUAUUCUAGGGCAUUUGAAUUUGUAUUUUUUGUAUAUAUCUGUUGGGUUUGAGACGUGAGGUUGUUUGAUACGGCACGGAGUCGUAUAUUCUGCCUUCUGGAAUAGCGACAGACAUAUUUAUCCACGCAUGUACAAACGGUCCCUGUAGUCGACUGACUCUGAUGUACAUAGUUUGCAGUACUGUAGGCCAUACUAGCGGAUGCAGACCACACUCGAUGAAGGAGGACAGCGGUGCGCUCGUGUUGCAUGGGAUUGUGGGGCUGAUGUGUGUGUGUGUGCGAGUGUGUGAGUGUGUGUGUGUGUAAUCGUGCAUGUGUGCUCCGAUAACCUUCCGUAUCGUCAUCAGCCAUGAUCUUUCUGUCCCUUUGCUCUUCCUUUAACUCAUAGUCUUAAUUGGAUGAAGAAGUUCAAGUGGACCUGAUGCUGCAGACAAGGGCUGAGACAAUAAAGCGAUGCAUCGUGACUCGAGGAUCGAUUCUGAGAUUAUUGGAAUGCAAUUCUGAGCUCAGUUUUUAACAGUAGAUGGCACUCUACUCUAGCUUUUAACCGCACACUUAAAUACUUACGAAAAAGAAUGCUUGUGCGUUCGGCUGAGUCGUGUAAGUGCUUAAAAGUACUUGCACCUCGGCUUUUAUGACGUGAAAUGAAUGAAAACAUUAUGAACACCCUUGUAAUUCGCUUCAACCUUUUCAAAGUGUAUGAAUGAUUAUUUUAUGUUCAAAUGGAAUCGAUUCAAGAGAGAAUCGCGAUGCAUUCCGAUCAUCUCAGAAUUGAUCGUCCCAGCCCUACUGCUGACGUUUGCGCAAGUUUCCGCUCGUUCGGUCGAAUAGAAGCAGCAGACGUGAGACAUCAGCGUUCACUCGCACACGAGACCAAAGAGCCAAGCCCUCAUAUCACUAACGAUGCCUCACCAAUUAACGAUUACAGCGCGUGACGACGUGUUUUAUUUAAGGCCAAUGAGAACGAGGCUGUGGUGGAUGGACACUGUUGCACUACGCAAUUCUUAAUGGAGAUCACAGACAAAAGCAAAGCGGAGCUCGUUAACAUUCAAUGAGCAAUGAUGAUAAUGACCGUUAAGAAUCACAAAUGUCCAGGAGAUAUUUAUUGGCGUAGUUGUGUAGUGUGAACAGAACAGUUCACUUACAACUGCAGCAAAGUCAGAUUGAGCAGAGGACUCGUGACUUUAACUCUUUCCCGGCCAAACAUUAAUCAUUUUCACAAAACUUUCAUGGCCCCCAGAAUAUUUUAUAUGAAUAUCUGAACAUGUAUAACAUGAACAAAAAUGUAUUCUAGCUUCAUGCGUUCUUUUUUAUCAACACUUGAAUGUGAGCAAGUUUCAUUAAACGAAAGCAAACAACAAAAACACUUUGAACAAAAAGCUGAGAAAAUGGCAUUUUUGUCAAAGACUAUGUCUGGAUCAGAUUUAUAUCGAUGAUCAAAACAUAGAUGAAGUCAUCAACACCCCGAAGCGAAACCACUUCUUUGGUCGACAUUUCAUUCGGUAACAGUAGGCAGAUUUAAUUUAUAUGAUGAUUAAUGUUUGAUGGUGAUUGCUUGUUUCUGCUGCUGAUCCAGAGACUCAGUGCUCUGUCAGAAGGUGUGUAACAGCGCCUCCUACUGUAUAACAGUGAAAACACGGAAAGCCAAGAAUUCAGUGGCAGGGAAAGAGUUAAAGGUUGUGUACUAUACAGUAGGUUCUCUCAAACGUAUGAACAAAUGUUCUGUUAGUUAAACUUUUUUUCUAAAAUGUUCAUCUAACUUUUUUUUUUUAAUGUUACUUGUUUCAGAAUGUUCAGCGAGCAUUUAAAAGUAAGAAUCCCGUAAUGUUUGCAAAACGAUAAAAUGAAAUAUUCCCUUUUAACAUUUGCGUAACCAAGAAAAAAGUAGUUUUUGUAACAUUUAAAAAGCAUUAAGAAACAACAUUUUCAUAACUCAUUGGGAAUGUUAGCAUUAUGUUUUUUAGACCAUAUUUUUGUUAGCUGGCAUUAAACAUGUCUGAUAGCAUCUGAUGACACGUGAUCUGCGCACAAUGCAUUGAGAUGAAUCUCUGUUUGGACUCGUUAUUUGAUCAGACUCGCAACAAACUGAAUUAGAAAUGCAAAAUGAGUGUUUUUAUUGAGUAAAUGAUGAGGAGAUGUGACAGCAGUGUAGCAGUGUAUGUUGAUGAUGGACUGAUGCUGUACAGUGUUUCUGCACAGCCUCGUUUUCAUCCCCGUCAGAUCAAAUACGCCGUCUGUCCUGAGAUCAGUCCGUUACAGCCCGGAUUCUGUGGAAACUCCUUUCCAUCGCCACGCUUCUCCUCAGUCAGGCUUCUUUCUUGCGAUUGCAAGUUUAUAUCUCACAGUUAGCACUUUGUUUCUGAGAAUUGCAAGUUUAUAUCUCUUAAUUCAGACCUUUUUUAUGUCAAAAUUCAGACGUUUUUCUCAUAAUUGUGUGUUUUUAUGUCAAAAUUCAGACUUUUUCCCCAAAUUGUUAGUUUAUAUCUCAAAACUUGGACUUUUUUUCUCACAAUUGUGAGGUUUUAUAUCAAAAUUCAGACUUUUUCUCACAAAUGUGAGUUUUUUGGUCAAAAUUCAGACUUUUUCCCCAAAUUGUUAGUUUAUAUCUCAAAACUUGGACUUUUUUUCUCACAAAUGUGAGUUUUUUGGUCAAAAUUCAGACUUUUUUCCCAAAUUGUUGGUUUAUGUAUCAAAGCUUGGACUUGUUUUCUUAGAAUCGUUAGUUUAUAUCUCGAAACUCCGACUUUUUCUCACAAUGGUGAGUUUUUAUGUCAAAAUUCAGACUUUUUUCCCAAAUUGUACGUUUAUAUCUCAAAAUUCUGACUGUUUAUUUGAGAAUUCUCUCAGAUUAGCGAGUCCGCUUCAUCUGUAACUGAUAAGCUGUCAGUCUGGAGGGAGUUUCAGACAGAAUCAGACAAGCUCUUUCAGAGAACGUGUCCUCCAAUAAUCCUCUACAGUAAAGCCUGGAACAUUCGGCGCUCCGUACGUUUGAUGAAGUGCCCUUUAAAGCGCCCUGCUGAUAUGAAGCCAUUCAGACACGUCUCACGUCACAUCAGAUCCACCAGGCCGUCAUUCCUUCAUUUCUGUUGAGUUCCAUCACUCGAGAAAUAUGAAAUCAGGAAUAUGAACAUUUUAAUGUCUUCGGAUCCUUCUCUAAAGCUUAUUUCACAAGCCAUAAUAUGGUAUAUUAUACACAGUGUUUAUACAGAUUUAGCGCGCAUACGACGGCGAUUCAUUCUGAUUUUCUUGUUGAUUUAGAUAAUUACUCUGUGUCACAAGAAGCUCAUAAAUAAACCAUAUCUAAAUAUUCA